AAAUGAAUAGAACAUAAAAUCUAUUAUUUAUUUAAAUACUUUUGAUGAUAAGCUCUACUUAUGCUUAAAAUAAAUUUUUGAUGCCUCAUGAGGGAGUUUUACAUAAAAGAACAUGGAUGGGUUUUCCUAAUGAUCCCUAAAUUUGGAGGAGAAGUCUUAAAGGAGUAUAGUAGGAUAUUGUUUAUUUAGCAAAAACUAUUUCAAAAUAUGAACCUGUAAACCUAAUUGUAGACUCAGAAAAUACAAGAAAGUUUGUAGAAAGCUUAUUGUCUAAUGUUAACAUUGUGAGCUAAUUUGAUUUGACUCUAGUAGUUUAACCAAUUAAUGAUCUUUGGCUAAGAGAUACCGGAGCUACAUUUGUUUUGGAUACUUUGAAUAAAAAAGUUAAAGCUGUUGAUUUUAAUUUCAAUGGAUGGGGUAACAAGUAAAAACACAAUAAAGAUGAAAAAAUAGCUAAAUUCAUUACACAAUAUAAUUAAAUUGAAUUAAUCUCUACAGAUUUGGUACUUGAAGGAGGAGGUUUAGAAGUUGACGGAGAAGGUACUGCUAUCCUUGCAUAAAGUUGCAUUUUAAACAAAAAUAGAAAUCCAGGCUGGACCAAAAGUUAAGUAGAGGAAGAAUUAGCUUAUCUCUUAGGGAUUACGAAGUUUAUAUGGGUGCCAGGAGUUAGGAAUGCUGAAAUUACGGAUGGCCAUAUUGAUUUUUAUGCAAGAUUUGUAGGUGAAAGCAAACCAGGAUAUGUCUUAGUUCAUAUGGACUCAGAGGAUCCUUCUACUUUGCAAAAUUAUCAAAUUAUCAAUAGUUCUACUGAUGCAAAAGGAAGAAAACUAAAGGCUAUUCCUUUAUAGAUUCCAAACCCUGAUAAAAUAAGAAAUACUUUGAUUAAAGGAGAUGAUAGUGCAAUAGGGUAUUGUAACUUCUAUUUAGCAAAUAAUGCUGUUAUUUUAGCUAAUUUUGGUGAUACUGAAGCAGAUGAAAGUGCAAGAUAAGUAUUAUAAAAUAUGUUUCCUGAAAGAGUUAUUGAAAUGAUAUCAAUUGAUAAUAUAGUAAAUGGAGGAGGAAGCGUCCAUUGUUCAACUCAGUAAGAUAUUUUAUAUUGAUUAAAUAAGCAAUUAUUACAUGUUUUUAUCUGCAAAAAAAAAAUAUAUAUUAAGUAAAAUUAUAAUUAAAUAGAUUCCAAAUUAUCAUAAUAAACAUCUAUC